GUUGCGAUGCCGAGAGCGAGGGCGCCGAAUACAAAAAGUGCCCGAGGUUCAUCGAGUGCAAAAUCUGAUAUGAAAUUGGGGUCGUGGCCUACCUUGUUUGCCUCAUUAUCUGAUCAAACAAAUAUUUUUUUAGUUUUUGGUGAGUACUAACUUGUGACCUGGCUAACUGGUCCAGACUGAGUAGUACAAUGCUGCGUCGGUCGCGUUGUCGUGUAUUCAUUCCUUUACCUCGUGCUAGGUAAAUGAGUGAAUGAAUGAACCCAGGAGAUAGACAGCGGAUUUUGAGUCUAAAUGUUAGAAGCUAGAGUUGUAAAUAUUUGGGCAGGUGGAAGGGCGAAAGGGGUAGGCUAUUCACGCGUCAUAUCUGUUCACAGGCAAAGUCUCGCACGAGCUACCCUCGCGAGCCUCGCAAUCUCGACACGCAGUGUUUUGGCCUCUUGAACUGUUGGAACUGUGAUACGUGGUACGGAUCGAGGCUCUUCACCAGGGAACACAUCAACAACAGGUCACUACAGACCACAGCUGGAGAACGGAACCGCGUAGAUGCCUCCUGCCUCAACUGCAGAACUAUAAUGAAGGGCCUUCGUAAUGGUACGAAGUUAGACAAGAGAUUGAUAAAGAGAGAAAGUGAGGCAGAUCGCAAACGAUGGACAACCAGGCCUCGAACUACUUAGAUUCCAGGCCUUGCUUAGCUAUUUAACUCCCCA